AUGAAGGCACCAAGGAUACGGAUAGCGAGCAGUGCCGCAUUCGUCGAGUUGUUAAUAGCGACAGUAGCAACAGGGACACCUCGAGGCAUUUGGACAAUUGAGUGCAGUGAAUCCACACCAUCGAGAACACUGCCUUUCACAGGUACACCGAUAACAGGAAGUGAAGUCAUUGCAGCAACCAUACCUGGUAAGUGGGCAGCACCACCGGCACCAGCAAUGAUAGCCUUCACACCUCUGGAAGCCGCCUCAACUGCAAAUUUUGACAUGCGAUGA